ACUUGCACAAGAAAACAAAAUUCACCCAACUAUUUCUGCUCAAAAAUCUGUAUAAAAUGCCGGUUUUCACAGUGUCUGUAAAGUGGGGUCGUGAGAAGUUUGAUAACAUCGAGUUGAACAGCGAUGAGUCUCCGGAGCUCUUCAAAGCUCAACUUUUCGCUUUAUCAGGAGUGGCGCCUGAAAGACAAAAAGUCAUGUUCAAGGGAUCCGUAGUUAAGGAUAAUGACUGGGGAAACUUCAAGCUUAAAAAUGGAAUUACUUUGCUAAUGAUGGGAUCUGUGGGAGAACUGCCACAAGCUCCUGAACAGAAGACUCUUUUUGUUGAAGACAUGACCGAAGCACAGCUGGCAUCAGCAUAUGAAAUGCCUACUGGACUACAAAACCUUGGCAACACUUGUUACAUGAAUGCUACUGUGCAGUGCCUUCGUAAUGUUCCAGAGCUGAAGGAUGCCCUUGCAAAAUAUAAUAUCAGUGGGAACCCAAGAGAUUCUGCACACUCCAUUACAGUGGCACUCAGAGAUCUUUACAGGAUUAUGGACAAAACACCAGAUUCUAUGCCGCCAAUUAUUUUUCUACAGAUACUGCACAGUGUGUUUCCUCAAUUUGCAGAGAAAACUGAACAAGGAAUAUACACGCAACAGGAUGCAAAUGAAUGCUGGACACAAAUAAUUCGCAUGCUGCAGCAGAAGAUACCAGCCAUAAAACCUGAUGAAAAUGGAGAUGACUCUGGAGCCAGUGCAGCUGCAGCAAAAGGAUUUAUUGAUCAGUAUUUUGGCAUUGAGUCAGAGUCAAUUAUGAAGUGUAAUGAAGCACCAGAGGAGCCAGAGACAAAAUCCAAGGAAACACUGUUUCAGUUGAGUUGUUUUAUUUCACAAGAUGUGAAAUACAUGCAUACUGGUCUAAAAAGUCGUCUUGAAGAAACUAUUGAAAAACGCUCACCAACACUUGGUCGUGAUGCAGUGUACACAAAAACUUCAAAGCUGAGUCGACUCCCUGCCUACCUCACUGUCCAGUUUGUCCGGUUUUAUUUCAAAGAGAAGGAUGCAAUUAAUGCCAAGAUUCUCAAGGAUGUGAAGUUCCCAAUGUCUCUUGAUGUCUUUGAACUGUGCACUGAAGAACUUCAACAGAAGCUGUUGCCAGUUCGAACGAAAUUCAAAGAAGUUGAGGACAAGAAAGUUGAAGAAGCUGCGAAUCGUAAAAAAGAAGGCAAACAACCGAUGGAUGUGGACAAGAAAACAAAACUGGAGCCCUUUUCAUUCCAUGAUGAUAUUGGUUCAAACAACAGCGGCUAUUACGAACUAACAGCAGUACUGACUCACCAAGGACGGUCUUCUUCAUCUGGACAUUAUCUGGCUUGGAUCAGAAGGAAAGGAGAUGACUGGGUGAAGUGUGAUGAUGACAAGAUGUCAAACGUCACAACCGAAGACAUUAUCAAACUGUCUGGCGGUGGUGACUGGCAUUGUGCUUACGUUUUGCUUUACCGACCACGUCAACUGGAAGUUGAAGAUGACAACUGAAAAUUGCAAACACAGAACAAUGAAAUGACAUCUUUUACUACAACAAUUUAUGUUCCAUCUUGAGACACAGCAAAUGUUGGACUGGAAUGUGAAAACGCUUUAAAGCGCAGUGAAUCAAAUUUCAAAUAAAAGACUCUUAAUUUCUCGGAA